CUCUCUUUUCCUUCCACUAAUGGAAGAGCUAAUUCUAACAAUGUCCUCACUUUUUCGAACAGAUACCAGCUUCCGGCUUGUAUUCUCUUCACUAUGACGAGUUUGAUUCAAUUUGAUUCGUCACCGAUGAUCUCUCCGAUUGACUUCACGUUAAGAAACCCUUUUGGCAUCCACCGUUUCCUCCUCCAUUUUGAUGUAUUUGGUCGACUUUGUUGGACCCUGGACAGUUUAGAGUUGAACAGAAGCUGGAACUGCAUCUGAAUGGAAAGUCUGUGAUUUGGUAUGGAUGUGGCAACUCUUGUCUGGUGGAAAUGAAUGUUAGCUCAUGGGGUAAGCAAUUCUCGAACUUUCAAUCACUCAAGAAGGAUCUGUUGUGCAAAGGAAGGCAUUACUUAUCUAAUACUUUUAUUCUGCAUUUUUUAUGGGAAGGAAGACACAUUCAGCUGGAUGAACGGAAGCAGAAGAUUAGGGAAAAGGAGCAGAUGAAGGCUCUCGUGGCCAAUGAAGCCAGAGCGGCAGGGGCACGUAAAGCGAGUUUGAGAGCGGAGCUGGUGGGACUUCGCCAAGACACUAAGAAUGGCAUAAGGGCGAAAAAGAAUGACAUCCAGAGCCUUCAACAGGAGCUGUCUCGUCUGGGCAUGUUUUGUCAGAUGUCAAAUGUGGCAUUGGAGGGCGACAGAUUUUUAUACAACGGCAUCAAGGUAAAAUCUCUAGAAUGGAAUGUUCCGCGUGAGUCCUUGAGGCGUUGGAUCUGCAUGAAAUGCUCUUUCAAUGAAGUUUCUGUUGUUUUUCUUCCAUGCACCCACCAAGUGCUGUGCGCACCCUGCUAUGAAGGGAGCUGCAGCAGCUCGGCGAAUGAAAAAUGUUGCCCCUACUGUGGUGCGGAAGUUGAGCAGUGCAUCAUGGCCUAUGGCCCAACUUAGUAAUUGAUCUUGGUUGCAAAAGUUAUAAAUGAACAGAUAAAGCUGGUCUGGCGUGUGGAUAAAUUCUGGUGGCAUUUUGUAUUGCGUUUGAUCAGAUGUUCUUUUUUGUCUCUGCAUUUCUAUUCGCCAUUCUUUGUAUUGUGUUUGAUCAGAUGUUCAUCUACUCUCAAACUUUGAUUAUGGCCUCAUUUCUUGACUUUCAAAUUA